GAUUGAGUUGCGGCUUUCUCUUUAUCCAUAUAUGCUCUGCAACAAAGACCACAAUGCCUCAAACUGCUAACGACGCAUACGGCUUGACUACCUACCUCAUCAUGACAAUGGGUGUCCCUAAUAUGAAGAGGGCAGCUGGCCUGCCGUCCCGAAACACAGUCUCAACCUCGAGCCGGUUGCACGAGACACGCCUAUUAUAUCACAUUGUCUACACCCCGUCAGAGAAAUGGCCAACGUAGCCCGCAGAGCCGUUCCGGUCCACCUAGCAGAGCACGAGGACGACGACCAUGCCGACCAAAGGGGUUACAUCAAGGGGACCGAUUUUGCGCUGCCAUACUUCUCUCAGUGGUCACGGCUGCACGAGUCCGAAGCCAGUGACGGCCUGCUCCGCCAUGUCAGCUGCGGCUACCUCUCGACGCACGGGGUGCCGCCGACGCUGCUAGCCCUCAAGCAGCACGCCCAGUCACUGUGCGUGCUCAUCCACGCGCUGAACCCAACCCUCAAGUCCGCCGAGAUCGCCAGCGGCAGCCCGGCCAAGGCACGCCCCAAGGAAAAGGGGCAAGGGGGGCAAGCGGCGGCGGUCGAGGACGCGCUCAGCUUCAAGUACAAGCUCAACGACGCCUUCGACUUCCUCGCCGACCUAAGCGUGCCCUACACCAACGAUGACCCCAACCACCACAAGCCCCUGACCGGCCUCGCCAACGAGGUGCGCGGCCGCCACGAAGUCCUGGGCACCACCUACCACUGCCCCUUCGCUGAGAGCAAGCCCCGCGGCCGGGGCGAGAAGCAGAAGCCCUACGCGAACCACCACAACCUCAUCAUGCACGCCAACGCCUGCCUCGAGCGUCUCGACCACGAGUUCAGCAGCACCGGCGGCCUGAUGAGCCUGCUGCCCACGGCAACCACCACCAGCACCACCACCUCCUCCACCGACCCAGGCCCCUCCCAUCCCUCCGACCUCACCAACGCGCGCAACAGCCUCCUCGGCCAAUGGCUACACUUCACGCAAACGCUCGUCGCGCGCAUGCACGAGCUCGAGCGGGCCUACGGCAACGCGCUCGACGCACUGGCGGGCGAGGCCGCCAUCCCGCACCAGUCCCUCGCCGCGCUCGGCCCGGACGGCCGGUCCACCGGUCGCGUCGUCGCCUUCCCGCAGGACCGGUGGGUGCUGGCCAACGCGGGCGACGACGUCUUCGCGGCCGUGCACCGCCUGCUCGACCGGCAGGAGGCGCUCGCCCAGGCGCGCGACCGCGUCUGGCGCCGCAACGGCGCCGUCGGCGACCGCCUGUGGUCUGGCUCCACCCCCGCCAGCCCCGGAGCGCGGGUCCGGGCCCGGGACUACGCCCGCGGCAUCGUGCCCGUGGACGUCAUGACGCGGUAUUACCGCCUGGCCGGGUCCGGGCACACCACGCUGUUUGUGGUGCCCGCGUGGGAGCAGCACCCGGGCGUGGAGGCCUCGCGCGACAACAACAACGCUGCCACCCCAACAAUCGUCGCCUGCCCGCAGCCCAAGUUCCCCGCGCGCGCGACCGAGCUGGAGAAGCGGUACGGGGCGCGGCUGGAGCGGGCGCAGCGCGCCGAGCGGGAGGCGCUGCGGGCGCGCGGGGAGCUGCAGGGCGCGCGCGGCGAGAUGGGCGUGCUGCGCCGCCAGAUCGAGGUGCUGGCCCGCUCGAGGGACGCGCUCAUGCUGGCGGCGAUGAAGGUUGCCGCCGCGGCGCACGAGCAGAGGGAGAGGGCGGUGAGGGCGGAGAGGGAGGUCGAGGCGGCGAGGAGGGAGAGGGAUGGCGCGUUGGAGAGGGAGGAGAGGUUGAGGGAGGAGGUGGAGGGGUUGAGGAGGGAGUUGGCUGCUAUGGGGGUGAGGCGGUAG